UGACCAUCCUUCCCAAUUUCCCACUUGUUCUUCUCACCCUAUUAAUCAACUCCCUUUCAUGUCCUAUGUUCCUCUCCUCAUCUCUCACUACUUCACUAUAAACAAACCUCCCCAUCACCAUCCUGUCUUUAAUCUCAACAGAAUGCCAUCUGAACAGCGAUCCUUUUCUUUCUUACAGCACCAAUCCCACAUUCCACCUCAGUUCAUAUGGCCCGACCACGAAAAACCCUGCCCCCAUCCUCCCCCGAGGCUUGACGUCCCCCCCAUAGACUUGGGAGGCGUUCUUUCGGGAGACCCUGAAGCUGUGUCUAAUGCCGCUCGGCUUGUGGAUCAAGCGUGCCGCAAGCAUGGCUUCUUUCUUGUGGUGAACCAUGACAUUGAUAUGAAGCUUGUAGAUGAAGUUCACAGGGGGACAGAUUUCUUCUUCGGAAUGCCACUUGAGAAGAAGGAAAGAGCUCUGAGAAAAAUCGGUGACCAUUGUGGCUAUGCCAGUAGCUUCACCAAUAGAUUCUCCUCCAAACUUCCCUGGAAAGAGACGCUGUCCUUCCGAUACAGCGCUGACCGCCACCUCUCCAACAUUGUCGAGUGCUACUUCUUGGAUGUAAUGGGGGAAGAUUAUGCUGCAUUCGGGAAGGUGUGCCAGAGGUAUUGUGAAGCGAUGAACAGUCUGUGUCUGAAUCUGAUGGAGCUCCUAGGCAUAAGCCUUGGAGUUGGAGGAGGUUAUUUCAGAGACUUUUUUGAAGGGAAUGACUCUAUAAUGAGAUUAAACUACUACCCUACUUGUCAGAAACCUGAUCUAGCUCUCGGGACAGGCCCUCAUUGUGACCCUACAACCUUAACUAUCCUUCAUCAGGAUGAUGUUGGUGGGCUUCAAGUCUAUGUUGAUGAAAAAUGGCAUUCCAUCACUCCCAACCCACAAGCUUUUGUCGUCAACAUUGGGGACACUUUCAUGGCUCUGUCAAAUGGGAUUUACAAGGGUUGCCUACACAGGGCUGUGGUAAACAGUACAACUCCAAGGAAAUCUCUUGCAUUCUUUCUUUGUCCAAGAAUGGACAAAAUUGUAAGCCCACCUAAAGAACUGGUGUCUGAAGGAAAUCCAAGAAUAUAUCCGGACUUCACAUGGCCAGUUCUGCUCGAAUUCACACAGAAACACUACCGAUCCGACAUGAAAACACUUGAAGCAUUCGUCAACUGGCUUCGACAGAAACGUAUCCAUUCGAGCUGAGCAGCGGCAGUCGAUAGCAGAAAAGAGCUGCCACAAGGGGGGAAAGAAGAGGCCAUGAAGAUUAGUAACAUCAUGUCAAAGUCAAGAAUCAGUACACUGUGGUGGGGUACUCAGAUGAAGAAGGGAGCUUAAACUAAUGGAAAUUAGAAUGAGAGACAAGUGUUUGUGUGUUGUGGAAUAAAGUGAAUUUUCAGAAUUUUUUAUCAUCAUCUGCUGAACAAUUUGUUCUCAUCAACAAAUAUGUUCAGUCAACUCUCCCCCCAUGCAUGACUAGCACAGUUCAAUCCGUACCGAUAUUGGUGGUACGGUUUAGGAAUGUAUAGGUAUCCCCCAUAGGGAUGCCCCUAAUUAAGCCUACCAUCAGCUCUGUAAUCAAAAGUUAUGGCCAUGUUUUGUUGGUUCACUGUGCGGUCGUUCGAGUUCGAGUUCAAAUUGAAAAUUUGUACUAUUGUAUAAAUAAGAUCCGGACUUAUCCGAUUUUGAGAUG